CCGGAUAUCAGCUUCUACCAGCGAGUGCUACAAUUUUCAAUUGGGCUUCUUUAUUUCAACAUCGAAAGGGAAGCCCACAGCAAAAGACCACUGACGUGUGGGAAGAUCAAGGGGUGUUUUUGUCCUUUUGAUGUGCGUCGAUACGAAGAAGAAAAUGUAAAGGAAUCACUGAACAAGAACAGCGAGCUCUGCCGGCAGCGAGAAGUGGCAAAAGGGGAGAAGAAGAAGAAGAAGAAGAAGACGAUGGCGUGGAGCGCGACGAUGAUCGGUGCCCUGCUGGGAUUGGGCACCCAGAUGUACUCCAAUGCCCUGCGAAAGCUACCCUAUAUGCGCCAUCCAUGGGAGCAUGUCGUCGGAAUGGGAUUGGGGGUGGUGUUUGUGAACCAGCUUGUGAAAUGGGACGAAAAACUUCAGCAGGACCUCGACAAGAUGCUCGAGAAGGCUAAAGCUGCCAACGAGCGCCGCUACCUGGGUACCAUUUCUAUCUUCUUUCCCUCCAUCUCUAUCCCUUUCAGCCAUUUCUCAACAUUUUUACUCUCUUGCACGCCUCUUUGGGAAUUCACUCCUUUUUCAAUUGAGGAAUUAGGUUUUCUGUCAGAGACCCCGCCUGAUUCGAUGUGAGUCGUUCGUUGAAUAUGUUCGUCAUUUAUGCUGUUGGGUUUCUCAUUAGAGGUGUUAAUACCGAGUUUAUGGUUUGGUUUUUGAAUGACAUGAGAGCAAGACUGUGUAUGCAUGUAUGGAGAUGUAGGGCAAUGUAGAACAUAAAUGUACUGGUCUCAUUCAAUAAACUUAACGUGAUCAGCUGAAAGGACGAUCGUGCUUGUGGCGUUUUGACCGCCUGCUUCUCUUGUUUUCUUCAACUAUUCCCAUCACAAACUUAGAUCUUAGCAUGUUCCUUU